AUGGCUAAUGUUUCUUCUAAUUCUGACGUUCUUGUUGUUGAUAUGGUUGGUGGCCUUCUUACUGGUGCCGUGGCAGAACGUUUAGGAGGAGCAGUUACAAAAAUGGAAGGAAUGUUUGACCUUAUUGAUGAAGUGUUGAAAGAAAUUAGACAUUGGAGAAGAGAACUCAAAGAGUUACGAUUAGAAAUACCAAUUUUUGAAGAAAGGGAAGUUGUUGGAUGGAUGAUAAUGAUUGAUACAUAUUUUGAUGCAGGAGAAGAAGAUCAAAUACCAAAAGUAUUCCCGCCUGUCAAAACUGUAAGGUCUUCGAUAUCUGACUUGUUAUUGCCAAAGGAAUCACCUCAACGAAAUCUUGUUUGUUUGCUGCAUAAAAUGCAGCCUCUAGCAACUUGCAUGCACAAUCUGCAGCUUGAGAAACGGGCCAUUGGAUUGCAAAUAACAGAGCCGUGGCUCCGUGAAUACCAGAACUCACCCUCAUAUGAAAAUGAGUGCAUUUGGAGGUUACAUUCUGAGUGGGACAAAGAUAUGCAGCAGCUGAUUCUUAGUGGAACUCACCUUUUUUGUUCAGCCAAAGGCUAA